GGCGGGCGGGUAUCUGCUUUUUUAUCGUGCCGGGUGUUGGGCCGGUUAGCAUGCUGGCCUUGCCAGAUUGUUAUUUUGCGCUCGGUUUUCAUGGCUUGUUGGCAUGGGCAUGUUCGGAGCCGGAUUUGGCAGAGAAUGAUAGCUACCACAUAUUGCACCGUGCAUGGUUCAAAUUGUUCCCCUGUGUCAGUGGGAAUGACGGAUAUCCCGAACACUUACAAAGGUCCAUCCACGGGUCAGAUCAACAGGGCUGGCAGUUGACAACUUGCCAGGCGUAGUGCAAUCG